AUGCAUGAUGAUAAGGAGGAGGAGGAAGGUAGUCAUGAUCACUUCAGUGUAGAUGAUAAGAGGUUCAUGCGACUAGCCUUAGCAGCAGCCCAAGAGGCAUACGAUACUGAUGAGGUACCUGUUGGAUGUGCCUUUGUAUCGAAUGGUGUGGUAUUGGCUACUGCUGGUAAUGAGACCAAUCAUACUAGGAAUGCUACAAGGCAUGCUGAGCUUGUGGCCACUGAUAAGUAG